UGUCUUUGAUCAAACUUUACUUUUAGACUGUCGAAAUUAUAGUUUUCAAAAUUUCAAAAAGUUCUUGAUCAUGAACAGACCUUCGGCGACCAAAAAGGAUCACGUAGUGCUGGUCACUCUUACAGAUUCCAAGCGACGUGCUUACUUGGAUGACCAAAGUAUGGAUAAUGAUAUCAGGCUCUUGGACAGCAAGUCAAUGCUCUUGAGGAUGCCCAAGAGCACAACUAAGCCCGCUAGCUUGGGGGAACCUCCUCGUUACUACCGCCACUUGGAGUUCGACGGCAUUGGGUAUGAAUUUGAUGGCCAUAUUAGGACAGAAGUGGGCGAUUUACUAGGUCAAAUGUUCCGUCACCGUCGCCACGGAAGUCUGCUGCGCAUCUCAUCCCAAAGAAAUCACAAUCCCAGCCUUUUGACCCGUCUCUUGGUCACUGAAGUCGACUUACUGAUGGCCGACAUGCGCUGCCGCCUGAAAGCAGUGAAUGUGGACUACUUCGAUGUCCGGAAGUUCGACAUGGUCAACAUGCUAGUGCAACCCACUGGGGUACCCAAACGCCGAAUGGUUUCACCUAGCGGAAAAAGUGUGUCCAGCACCAAGGAGCUGUUCCAGUGGCUAACGAAUGAUCUCACCCCGUUGAGGAGCCGUGGAAUUGGCGAUGACUAUUUGCACUUCGAGUUUGUGUACCGGGAUAGCCUGGUCUUGGAGCACAGGAUUCACCUCUCAGUGUUUCACAUUUUUGGCAGCGAAAACCGACCAGAUUUGGUGGAGUUCUUCACGAGCUUGCCAUCGGGCAGGCAAAAUGGAAGCACCCUUCUGAACGACUGCCUGAAGGAGUCCUUUGACUUCAAGAGCCCUGCUCCUGCAGUAGUGAUGUUCGAGCUGCCCAUAGCUCCUGACUUAAAGGAUUCCAGGCGCCAGAUCCUAAAGAUGGCCGAUGUGGCCUUUGGCUGUCUCGAGAAAGCUCGGAAAAUGAUGUCCAAGUCCAAGUGCAAGCCCGUUUCUCAAAGUUCUACCAACUUGAGCAAAGUAAGUAGAUCAUCCGGAGCGCAGAGCUCCCUAAGAUCAGUGCCCGAUAUUUCCCUGGCCCACUGGCGUCGAACGGCCAAGUUCUCAGAUGAGGACUACAAUGGUCUGGCACAUUGGUACGGGCGCAUAGACUCCAAGUUUGCAGAGCUAAAACUGGCCAUGGAGCAGCAUCUUGUGGAUCUGUACAGGAGGAAAAGUUUGGAUCUGCGAAGCGAAAUAAGAUCAAUAAAUCAAGAUCCUAGCGAGGAGAAUGACGAAAGCGGCGGCGAUGGAGUGAGACCUCAAAGGCCGCCCAGAGAUCUUCGUUCCUCCAGUAAAAUAUAUUCCAUACUGAAGAAGGAUUUCAAGAAGCUCGAAACUGAAGCGGAGGCAACUACGUUCGCUCCAACGCUCAGAGUUUACAUCAGCACUAAGAACUACGAACUUUCGGAGGCGGAAAAAGCCCUCAAGCAAAGGGAGGUGGAGAAUCUAAGACUCGGCUUGAUCCAGUACAUCAGUACGUCGGACUCCAGCGUUUCGGGGGACUAGAAGUUUAGCUAAAUGUCAUCCUGCUCUUGUGAUGUGUAGUGAAACUCCUUUUCCCAGGGGAACUAAUAAAUGCGCUCCAUUUAGUU